UAUACAGCUUAAUGCCGAAUCUCUACUGGGAGAGACUUCGUACACUGAUUGACGAUCGUGGCAUCGAUGAAAAGUCGUAUAUGGGAUGGGACCGUGUACGUGGCCUAUCUGAUGCUGAGCCACAACAUUUGCUUCAGAGCCCCACAGGAAAUCGUGAGCCUAGUCUUCUAGUCUACAGUUGCGGUCGCAUGCUUCUUAAACAAGUGCGGAGUGCUGAAAGCUUCCCUUAUAGAAGUUCUUGUAAAUGGCUCUGGUUGUGCAGUCGCAGCCUCCAAUUUCCGUGCAGGCUUUGGUACAGAAUGGCCUCGAAGAAGUGCCUUCACGCUUUCUUCAGCGCUCGCUUGAUUCCCGUGUGUCAGCUCCUUUCGAAGAGAGCUUGCCGAUCAUCGAUCACGGGAAGUUACUACGGAAUGAUCCUUCAGAAUUGGCGAAGCUAGGAGCAGCUUGUGCAGAGUGGGGAUUUUUCCAGGUUGUAAAUCAUGAUAUCCCAAUUUCCUUGCUCGAAAGAGUCCGAGAAGCUGCUCGACAGUUUUUCCAUUUGUCUCACGAGGAGAAGCUGGAGUUUGCGAUAAAGCCAGGGAGCUGUGAAGGCUACGGGAGGCAUUUCCUUGCGUCGGAUGUGCUCGACUGGGUUGAUCUUCUCUAUCACCAAUUGCUCCCCAUCUCCACUCGGAACUUGUCUUCCUGGCCUACCAAGCCCGAGUCUUACAGGACCGUGCUACACGAGUACUCCAACGAGGUGCAUGGACUUGCAAAAUGCCUCCUUGGAAAGAUUUCAGAGACGCUUGGCCUUGAGUCCGACUUCCUGGAGAAAAAGUUUGGAGAGUGCAUCUACCAGACUAUUCGGGUAAACCAUUACCCUCCGUGUCCACAGCCUGACCGCGUCAUGGGACUGAGUCCUCAUUCUGAUCCCGGAGGUAUCACUAUACUGCUCCAAGACGACGUCGAAGGCCUUCAGGUCAGGAAAAAUGGCAAAUGGGUCCAAGUCCAGGCUGAUCCGGAGGCUUUUGUGGUGAACCUUGCAGAUCAGAUUGAGAUAAUAACCAAUGGCCUCUACAAGAGCGUCGAGCACCGAGCCGUGGUGAAGACCGAGAGCAAAGAACGCAUAUCGUUGGCAAUGUUUCACAGCCCGCUGCCCGAUACACUCGUAUCUCCUGCGGCCAACUUUGUGAAUCCUAGGCAGCCAUCGAGGUACACCUCCAUGACAUUCGGGCAGUACAGGUCGAGCUUCCUCAACAAGGAACUCAGGGGCAAGAACCACGUCAAGAGCAUGCUCGUGGAGAAAGAACAGGACUGACCAGACCUUGAGCGAUAGAACGCGAGCUUUGUUCUUGAGCAGCUGGCUAUGUUAAUUCAGUGAGAUUUUCACUUCGGAGCUUGGGAAGCUGAGCAGGCAGUGCAUGGAAAGUAGCCUCGACCCAUACAUUCUCUACACUUUUCUCCUGUGGCGCCUUGAUCGAAGAUUGCAAGCUGGGGUCUUAGCUCCCCCCGGCCUUUGCAUUUCCCGCAAGCCUUCCUCUUCAAUCCACCGCAGUCUUCACAGA